AUGCUCUGUCUUCUGCUGCUGCCCCUGAUCUUUGCUGUCAUCGAUUCUGCUUCGGCGAGUGACACGAAGGAAGCUUCAUCCCAUUCGACGAUCCAGGAUGUUCUCAACAAACGCUGUGUUGUCUGCCAUGGCUGCUAUGAUGCGCCCUGCCAGUUGAAACUUUCAUCGGCAGACGGAUGGCAACGCGGCGCCACGAAGGCGAGGGUGUACGAUUCCUCGCGCCUUGAAGAUGCGCCGAUGACGCGGCUCGGCAUUGAUGCGAGGACGGUUCCCCAAUGGCGUGAAAAAGGAUUUUUUUCGGUCACCGGCGGCAGCGGGCACCAGUCCAUGCUCGAGCAGCUCCUGAAAGCCGGACGCAGCCAGGAUUUCAAACCGGGCGCUGCCCUGCCCGACAGCCUCGACAUCAGCCCGCUGAGAAAGAACAGCUGCCCGACACCGUCUGAAAUCAGCGGUUUUUUGGCCGAUCACCCUUUCGCCGGCAUGCCCUUCGGAACCGCUCCGCUUCCCGACGAGGACUAUCGUCGUCUUCUCGCCUGGGCGUCCGAUGGUGCCCCCGCGGAUACCAGCGCAACGGUCAUUCCCCAGAACAUUGCAGACGAAGUCCGCAAGGUUGAGGCUUUCUUCAACAGGGAGACGCUCAAAUCGAAACUUGUUGCCCGCUACAUUUUCGAACAUCUCUUUCUGGCGCAUCUCUACAUUGAAGGUGACAGUCCACGGCGUUUCUUCCGCCUCAUCAGAUCCAGAUCGGCACCAGGCUCCGAACCGGAUGAAAUCCCCUCCCGCCGUCCGUUCGAUGACCCUGGAGGUCGCUUCUUCUAUCGGCUGGUUCCGAUCGAUGGCACAAUUCUCCACAAGGAACAUAUUGUCUACGAGAUCGGUCAGAAACGGCUGCGCCGCUUCGAGGACCUGUUCCUUUCGAACGACUGGACGAUUGACGAGCUUCCGUCCUACUCCAAGGAGGCUGGCGGGAACCCCCUUUCCACAUUCAAGGCACUUCCGCCACACAGCCGGUACCAGUUCCUGUUGGACGAUGCGCUGUUUUUCGUGCGCACCUUCAUUCGGGGUCCCGUCUGCUACGGGCAGGUUGCGGUCAAUGUUAUCCAGGAUCGAUUCUGGAUAUCGUUCCUGGACCCCGCUUCAGAUCUGUCGGUCACCGAUCCGACCUACCUUCAAGACGCGAUUCCGAUCCUCGAACUUCCGGUCGCCGUUUCGGACGACAAGAUAACCGAGCGCCUCAAGAGUUUUCUCCUGGUUGGGCCCGUCAAGUAUCAGGCCUUCCGGCAAAAGCGCUAUGCCGAAAAAGCCAGGACAGACGGCGGCCUCGGGUAUUCUGAUAUCUGGGAUGGCGAUGGAACCAACAUCGAUGCACGGCUGACGAUUUACCGGAAUUUUUCCUCCGCCUCGGUGGUGACCGGGUAUCAGGGAGCCUUUCCGAAAACAGCCUGGGUAAUCGACUUUCCCCUGUUUGAAAGGGUCUACUACGAUCUCGUCGCAGGCUUUGAUGUUUUCGGGAAUGUGGAGCACCAGCUGACGACCCGGAUGUACAUGGACAAUCUUCGCCGCGAGGGUGAAAGGAUGUUCCUGUAUUUCAUGCCACCCGACGUCAGGGAACCACUCCAUGACAGCUGGUACGAAGGACCACUCGCCACACUGAUCGAUCAAUGGAAGGAAAGUCCUCUCGAUACCGAGACACCAACAGGUGUUGACUUCAAAACGGACCAUCCCAAGUCCGAAUUCCUGUCUGAACUGCUCAAGACUGAACCCGAUCUCUGGCCAGCGAGCGACCCUAUCAACCGUUGCGACGGCAAUAAUUGUGCGCAGCAGACCACUGUCGCCGGUCAGUUGCGUCCGCUGAGCGGACAUCCUGCUCCAUUCGUGAAAUUCCUGCCCGACAUUUCAAUACUCAUUAUCGAGGACGGGCAGACGGAGGACAUUUUCACGAUUGCGCACGAUAUGGCCCACAGCAAUGUUGCAUUUAUCUUCAACGAAGACCUGCGGCGGGAACCGGAAGAGGACGAACUUACAAUCGUGCCGGGCCAGUUCAGCAGCUACCCGAAUUUCGCAUUCAGAAUGGAUGCAAAAGACGUCCCCGCCUUUGUUGAGGAUGUCAGGUUCAUCCGCAGCCAACAGGACUAUCUUAAGGUGGUAGAGACAUAUGGUGUGCGCAGAACCGAUCCCCGGUUCUGGGAAACCUACGAUCUUGUCCAGUCCCGCCUCAACGAGCAGAGUGCUGUCCAGGCCGGACUUCUCGACAUCAACCGAUACCGCGACCCCAAACCCCUGGAUCCCAUCGAAAGGCUGUUUCAAUUCACCUUUUCGGUCGAUUGA